AUGUCAGGUCAAUUGUUACUCAAUGAGCUAAGGGGCGAUGGAAACACGGUGGAGGAAGUGGCUGCCUUGCCCAGCCUGGCAAGUGACACGCCUCCCACACCAAAGGCAGCUGAAAAGCCAGCUGUCGAGGCUCCUCCUUCCUCCGGUGCUUCCUUCACCUUCAGGCUGCCAGACAACACCUCAAAAGAGGUCUUUUUCACCGCGAAGCCCUUGGGUUUGGAUUUCAGCAAGUCGAUUCCGAUGAUCGUGAAGGCCGUGAAGAAGGACUCCGUGGCCGAUGAAGCGGCCGUGCAGGCCAAAUGGGUGGUGACGCACGUGAAGGGCCAGGAGAUGCCAACGGAUUUGAGGGAUGCCAUGACAGCGAUCCUGAUGGCGGUCAAGGAUCUUCCAUCGAAGAAGGAGUGA